CACUCCCAAGAGCUACUUCAUCUCAAAACUUUCCCUUCCCCCCACCCCUCUCUCACUCUCUCUCUUUCUCUCUCUCUCUCGGUGGAGAAGAAGCAAAACCCAAACCCUAAAAGAACCCAGAAGUAAGCCACAGUCACUCUUCCACCCCCAGAGCCAGAAAUAAACCCAUCUUUUUUGGUGUGCAAAGUCUCACAAACCUUAUACCCGUCUCUCUGGAUUCCUUGUUUUGUUGGGUAAGAACAUAGAAGAAGCAAAACCAAAGUACCAAACUCCCCAAAAGAACCCCGAAAAUGCACGCUUAGAGCAAUCCGGGUACCAAAGCCAAAAGAACCCAUUUGUAUUUUACAGAAGGAAAGAAUGCCGAAUCAAAAACCCAUCUUGCACAACACCAUCUUCUUGCUCCUUUUGCUCUCCGUGUCGACGAAUGUAGUCCUUGUGAGCUCUAAAUCCACCAUCGAGCCCUGCUCCAACGCCGACACGUGCAACGCCUUGCUGGGCUACACCCUUUACACGGACCUGAAGGUCUCCGAGGUGGCCUCCCUCUUCCAGGUCGACUCCAUUGCCAUCCUCACCGCCAAUGCCAUCGACAUCUCCUACCCGGACGUCGAGAACCACAUCCUCCCAGCCCAGCUCUUCCUCAAAGUCCCCAUCACCUGCUCCUGCGUCGACGGCAUUCGCAAAUCGGUCUCCACCAAGUACAAGACCCGUCCCUCCGACACGCUCGCGUCCAUCGCCGAUUCCAUGUACUCGGGUUUGGUUUCCGCCGACCAGAUUAAGGAGGCCAAUUCGAUAUCGGACCCCUCUGUUCUCGACGUGGGGCAGACCCUUGUGGUGCCGCUCCCGUGUACUUGCUUCAACGGGACCGAUAAUUCGCUGCCCGCUAUCUAUCUGUCGUACGUGGUGAAGCCGGUGGACACCUUGACUGGGAUUGCCGCGAGGUAUUCGACUACUAUUACUGAUUUGAUGAAUGUGAAUGCCAUGGGGAGUACAGCUGUUAAGGCUGGGGACAUACUUGCCGUUCCAUUACCAGCGUGUGCGUCUAAUUUUCCAAGAUAUGCCUCGGAUUAUGGCUUGAUUGUGCCGAAUGGGAGCUAUGCCAUCACAGCGAGUCACUGUGUGCAAUGCAGUUGUGGGCCGGGGAACCUCAAAUUGUACUGCAUGCCCUCUUCAUUAGCUGUUUCUUGUUCGAGCAUGCAAUGUCGAAACAGUAACCUCAUGGUUGGAAAUGCUACAGUGCAGCAAACUAGUGCUGGUUGCAAUGUUACUUCUUGUAGUUAUGGUGGUUACGUCAAUGGCACCAUAAUCUCUAGCUUCUCUGCAUCUCUUCAACCUCGAUGCCCAGGGGCCCAGCAAUUUCCUCCACUCAUAGCACCACCUUCUUCAAUAAUCCAUGAUUCAACAUUUGCGCCUUCACCUUCACCUCAAUCUGACGGUGGUGGAACAACAAAUCCCAAGUCUUCAGUGGUGCCAGCAACAACUGGAGUAGUUCCACUACUUCCCCCUGCAAGCAGUCCUAUUGCGAGUUUUUCUGAUGCUUGCUCCUUGGUGAAUUCAUUAGCCACUUUCCCAUCAGCACUUCUCUUAUUUUUGCUUGUCAAUUUCAUAGUGUCUAUGUCAUUGUAAUUUUUCGGAUUAACUGUAUGCCUUGAUGGUGGGGUUUUGUUCUCUGUGGGUGUUAUGUUUUUGUCUAUUUUAUUCAACUCCUAUUUAUAUGUUUCUACUGUCAAAACUGAUUUGUGGAUGCGAUGAAUCUUUAGUUUUCAAAA